AUCGUCAAUUUUUUUGGUAGCCCUAAUUCAUCCAUGUGAAUAAAGCUCCAACGUACCAAGUGUUCAUCUCACAUUUUAUUUUAUUAGAGCUAAAAAGAAGAUGGCAAUAAGAACAGCAUGGCUUCUCUUCUUCGUAGUGCUUAUCAUAAGCACUGUGACUGAAAUUCAAUCGUCGGCGAGUUUAGAUACCGGAGGACUAAGGCGGGCGAGUUUUCCCAAGGGUUUCACUUUCGGAACAGCGACUUCUGCUUACCAAGUGGAAGGUGCAGCCGGUGAAGAAUUUGGGCGAGGGCCCAGCAUUUGGGACACCUUCAUCAACGUUCCUGGACGAGAACCCGAUAAUGCAACCGGACAGGUGUCAGUGGACCAGUACCACCGAUAUAAAGAAGAUAUUGACCUCAUGGUGAAACUCAACUUUGACGAUUACAGGUUUUCAAUUUCAUGGCCCAGGAUAUUCCCUAAUGGAACUGGCAAGGUAAACAGGAAAGGAGUUGCGUACUAUAAUAACUUGAUCAAUUACCUGAUCAAAAGAGGCAUCACACCAUAUGCUAAUCUCAAUCACUAUGAUCUUCCCCAAGCACUCCAAGACAGAUACAAUGGCUGGCUGCACCGUCAAGUCAUAGAAGACUUUGCAGAUUAUGCAGAGUUCUGUUUUAAGACAUUUGGAGAUAGGGUGAAGAACUGGUUUUCGUUCAAUGAGCCCAGAGUGGUGGCUGCCCUCGGGUAUGACAAUGGGUUCUUUGCACCAGGGAGAUGCUCUCAGCCUUUUGGAAACUGUACACAAGGAAACUCAGCAACUGAGCCUUACAUUGUCACCCACAAUCUCCUUUUGUGUCAUGCGGCUGCUGCUCAAAGAUAUCAUACUAAAUAUCAAGCUAAGCAGAAGGGAAGAUUUGGGAUUCUCCUAGACUUUGUGUGGUAUGAACCUCUGACAAACUCAACAGCAGACAAUGAUGCAGCUCAAAGGGCUAGGGACUUUCAUUUGGGCUGGUUUUUACAUCCUAUUGUGUAUGGCGAGUACCCGAAAACUAUGCAAACUAUUUUAGGAAAAAGGCUGCCUACAUUCACAUCGGACGAGGUUAAAAUGGUGAAGGGAUCAAUUGAUUAUGUUGGUAUAAACCAAUACACGACGUACUAUAUGUCUGACCCCCAUAAUAACAAAUCACCUGUCCCUGGAUACCAAAAUGACUGGAAUGUCAAGUUUUCCUUUGAAAAAAAUGGAGUGCCAGUUGGUCCAACGGCACAUUCAAAUUGGCUCUAUAUUGUGCCCUGGGGAAUGUACAAAGCUGUGACCUAUGUGAAGGAGCAUUAUGGAAAUCCUACGAUGAUUUUAUCAGAAAACGGGAUGGAUUAUGCAGCCAAUAUUAGCUUUGCAGAAUCUUACCAUGACACAAAAAGGAUAGACUAUUACCGGAGCUACCUGAUUGAACUGAAGAAGGCAAUAGAUAAAGGAGCAAAUGUGAUAGGCUACCAUGCAUGGUCAUUGGUUGACAACUUCGAAUGGAGGCUGGGUUACACUUCAAGAUUUGGGAUUGUGUAUGUUGAUUUCAAGACCCUCAAGAGGUCUCCCAAGGAGUCAGCCUACUGGUUCCAACAUUUGCUUCAUCGGGACCAGAACUAAGUAUGCAGAUGAUGAUGCCCACCCUGGCUCAUAGUCAGUUACAUUGUCUACAUUUCUUACUUAGAAACACUUCAUCAGCAGCCUUGUGGGCCCAGGCGCCCAGCCUGCUGUUUAAAUGAUAAUAGUUCUUUUGCUCUUAUUGUAAUUGCUCACUGCAAUUAAAAAGAAUAAAGAAACCACUGAUUGCUUAACAAUGCAGUAACAAAAAAAAUUAUUAAUGAGAAAUAGUGAAAUAUAUCACUAAAAUAAAAUAUUGGACAAAAAUGUG